AUGGAAUUCGCUGUCCCAUCGCUCGUUGGUACCUCCGACAGCAGCUCAUGCAACGACUCUACGGGUCUUUUGACGCCGGACAGCAGUCCGUUGUUCCGCCCCUCACAUCCCAAAGACUCAUUCGAGACGCGUCUCGCUCAUGCGCUGGAAGAGCCCAAGAGACGCAGACUAGAUUCGCCCUCAGCCCGCGCCGAGAGUCCUUUCAUCCCCUCGUUUGCAGACUUGUUCGCGCCAGUCCCCAGCGAUGUGAGGAAGGUCUGCGUUAUUGGCGCAGGUUACGUCGGUGGUCCUACUGCUGCCGUAAUCGCGCUGCACAACCCAAAGGUUGGCGUCGAGGUCCUGGAUAGAGAUCAGCGACGCAUCGAACGAUGGAACUCCGCUCACCUGCCUAUUCAUGAGCCCGGUUUGAACAAGAUUGUGCGAUUGACAAGAGAUGGCGCGAUCAUAAAGGAACCGGGUGACUGCAAUUCUGCUUCUCAAGACCGCAAUGGCGACUCGGACUACGUCUCCAGACGCGGGCCGAAUCUCUUCUUCACCUGUGAUACUCAAGUCAGCAUUUCCACCGCAGACAUGGUGUUUCUGGCCGUGAACACACCCACAAAGACCACGGGAGUGGGCGCAGGAAGAGCAACCAACAUGACGGCUCUUGAUGGCGCUGUCAGGGAUGUGGCCAUGUAUGCGAAGCCUGGGACUAUCAUUGUCGAGAAAAGCACGGUCCCCUGUGGAACCGCCCAACGCAUCAGGAACACGCUCGACACACUGCGACCCGGCGAGCCGUUCGAGGUUCUAUCGAAUCCCGAGUUUCUGUCUGAAGGCACAGCGAUCAAAAAUCUCAUGAAACCCGAUCGUGUGAUUAUUGGGUCUUCUGGCACCCCUUCAGGCAAACUUGCGGCGGAUGCUCUCGCCAGUUUGUAUGCCGCAUGGAUUCCUUCCUCCCAGAUUCUGCAGAUCAAUGCGUGGUCCUCCGAGCUCUCGAAGCUGGUGGCCAAUGCCAUGCUCGCACAGCGAAUCAGCAGCAUCAACUCAAUCAGUGCGAUUUGCGAAGCGACGGGCGCAAACGUCGAGGAGGUCGCGAAAUCCAUCGGUCUGGAUACUCGGAUAGGGCCACAAUUCUUGAAAGCCGGCCUUGGUUUUGGGGGUUCAUGUUUCAGAAAAGACAUUGCCAGUCUGACGUACCUGGCAGAAUCUCUAGGCUUGGAAGAAGUCGCCCAUUACUGGAGCCAGGUCAACUCAAUCAAUGUCAUGCAACGCAAUCGCUUUGCGCGAAAAGUGCUGAAGAGGUUCAACGAGAAUCUGGUGGGCAAGAAGAUCACUUUGAUGGGGUUCGCAUUCAAAAAGAAUACUAGCGAUGCGCGUGAGUCUCCCGCUGUCGACGUGAUCAGAUCUCUGUUGGACGAACAACCUGCGGAAAUUGCAAUUUUCGACCCCUACUGCGACGAAGAUGAUAUGCUCCGGGAGAUCAGCGCAACGGUCAGCAAUCGACCGGGCUUCACAGGUGAAAUCUCCUCCGUGAAGAUCUACACGGAUCCAUACGAGGCAUGUAUGGAGUCAAACGCCAUACUCAUCAUAACAGACUGUGACCAGUUUAAAACGUCGCCUCAACGGCUUCGCGGCAGCGACGCAUCUGAAACAAGCUCUCCCACGAAUCGACCUGCAAGAAGAUCGGCGUCACCGAAACAAGAAGAAGACUACCUGGGCGCAAAUUUUGCAAAUUACAGACUAGCUGCUCAACCAGAUUGCGUGGACAACUGUCCCGACUGCAGGUCAAAGGCCAGAGGUCCGAUUUCCACGGACCCAGUCGAAUGGGCUCGCAUCGUCUACAGCAUGAGAGAGCCCAAAUGGAUCUUUGACGGCAGAGGAAUCGUCGACGCGGGCGAGAUAGAGAAGCUCGGAGGUGUCCGUGUCGAUGGGAUUGGGAAAUGGCGCCCUGAAGACGGACAGAAGCGCUGUUGGUGA